GCGCAGGGAGGUGACAAAGUGCUGCUUGAUGGAAGCAUGUAUUCAGAUCAGUGCGAGGAAAUGCAGGCUGCAGCUCUGAAAGAGCUAACGGAAGACAUCGGCGCUCCUCAAAGCAGCAGCAGCGAAAAUGUUAACUUGUUCUGUGAAGAUUGUCAGGAAUAUUGUGUGGGUGGCUGUGUUGCCCAUGGACCACCAGUGUUUGUCACUGACACACCCGUUGGGAUUGAUACACCUUCGAGAGCAUUUUACAGCAUUCCUCAUGGACUUGCAGUGGGACCAUCAGGGAAUCAAGAUGGAGGGCUAGGCGUGUGGUGUACUGCAAAGACCAUACCUAAAGGUGUGGUAUUUGGACCGUAUGAAGGCCAGAUUGCUGUUGAACAAGGUUCUAUUGAAAAGCUGUAUUCCCAGAUGAUGCAGGAGAGGACUUUCUCCAAACCAGGGGCCUUUGAUGAAUCUAAAUGCAACUGGAUGAGGUUUGUGAAUCUUGCUAAGACCCCAGGAGAGACAAAUCUGAUCCUUUCCCAAUUUAGUGGAAAGCUCUAUUACAAAGUGUGUCGCUCAAUUGAACCCGCACAUGAACUGUUCAUCUGGCACGGGGAUGAAGAAGUAAACACACCUUGGCAUAAAAGCACACCAACCGGAGGGAAAACCAGCAAUAUUUUUGCAUACAACAACGUUGAGUCGCCCCAGGCAUGUUCAGUGCAACAGAAACAAAGAAUAAAAACAGAAGAAGAGCCAGACCCAGCUGAAGAGGAGCCGUACUACAGGAAUGCUGCAGAAAUUCAAUCACACUAUAAUUCUGACCAGAUGAAGACACCCCUGCAAGAUUCGGUUACUGAUGUUCAACCAAAAACUGAACUUUCCGAUCCUCAAAAUGUUUGGCUUGAGAAUGAUUGUCGAGUUGACGAAGGAGGCACUUUACCUGGUGAUAGUUUGGUCAAUGGUUUACAACAGCUAGACAGUAAUCUCUCCCAAGAUGAACCAUGCACCUUUGAGCACCUGUUGAACUUGGAGAGCACCAAAGCACAAAUUAGACUCGGUGAUAAGAAUAGAAGGACGUUGAAUCCCAGCUCACCGAUCUGUAACAAAGAGAAGCGUUUUAGCUGUGAAUAUUGUGAAAGGAGAUUUAUUCGUAAAGAGCAUUUAACGAUGCACCUCCGCACACACACGGGUGAGAAGCCCUUUGCAUGCGAGGAGUGUGGAAGGGCAUUUGCGGAGAAAUGGAACCUCAAGGAACAUCGCCGAACCCACACCGGCGUACGCCCUUACCCCUGCCGCUUUUGUGGCAAAGCAUUUUACCGCAGCUCCCAUCUGAAGGUGCAUCUCCGUCGUCACACUGGAGAGAAACCCUAUAAAUGUGACAAAUGCCAUCAGACAUUUGUAGAUUCAUCGUCUCUUCAGAAGCACAGGCGGUUCCCUUCAGUGUGCUGUAAACUUGAGAAUGCAAUAUUCGUGCAUAUAGAGGGGGUGGAAACAAUGGAACAACACGUGCAAGACAGUUGUGAUGAAGCUAGCAUCGAAAACAGGCAAUUCAACUCAUCAGGAAAUAAAGGUUCAGUUAAUGGAGUUCUUCCAGGUAAUAGAUGCUGUGAACUUCCAAACUCUCAGCUUGAACCUGAAAGGUGGAGUAUACCUGGUGAUAGUUUGGUCAAUGGUUUACAACAGCUAGACAGUAAUCUCUCCCAAGAUGAACCAUGCACCUUUGAGCACCUGUUGAACUUGGAGAGCACCAAAGCACAAAUUAGACUCGGUGAUAAGAAUAGAAGGACGUUGAAUCCCAGCUCACCGAUCUGUAACAAAGAGAAGCGUUUUAGCUGUGAAUAUUGUGAAAGGAGAUUUAUUCGUAAAGAGCAUUUAACGAUGCACCUCCGCACACACACGGGUGAGAAGCCCUUUGCAUGCGAGGAGUGUGGAAGGGCAUUUGCGGAGAAAUGGAACCUCAAGGAACAUCGCCGAACCCACACCGGCGUACGCCCUUACCCCUGCCGCUUUUGUGGCAAAGCAUUUUACCGCAGCUCCCAUCUGAAGGUGCAUCUCCGUCGUCACACUGGAGAGAAACCCUAUAAAUGUGACAAAUGCCAUCAGACCUUUGUAGAUUCAUCGUCUCUUCAGAAGCACAGGCGGUUCCCUUCAGCUUGCUGGAAAGCUGACCAGGUGGAAUCAACAACAACACACCUAAUUACGCCAAUGAAUGAACUCGGUCAAAAUUAUAAUGCAAAUGCCAGUGGAGAUUUGCAGUUUAUCCAAGGCAAUAACAUGGAAAACCAAAAGCUUUGCAGAGGGUCAAUCUGCACACUUCCUGAAGUGGACCCUAUUGAAGCAACGUACUGUGGAGGUGGAGGCUAUCAUCACUCUGAGAAUUUCACACCACAUCCCGACUACAACGAUGGCUGUGCAGCAGCCUGUUUAUUAGGUCAUGCUUUGUCACUGAUGCAUGACUGGCCACUUAACGAGAGAAAAACUAGUGCUUCCCACGCUCCAGUGAAUUGCAUAAACUACAAAACUGAAAACAAAGCCACCUCUUGUGUGAGAUCUUUGAGUGUUGGUAAGACAUUAAAGGAGGUUGCAUCGUUAAGCAAUGACAUUAUUUCUGCCGGAAGGAAUUGCUUUAAAUGUGAAUACUGUGGGAGGCGAUUUUUGCGCAAAGCACAGUUAACAAUGCACAGACGCACACACACUGGAGAAAAGCCAUAUGUUUGUGAUGAAUGUGGUAGAGGGUUUGCAGAAAAGUCCAACUUAAAUGAUCAUCGUCGAACUCACACAGGUGAACGCCCUUAUGCAUGUACUUUCUGUGUCAAAACAUUUCACCGUAGUACGCACCUAAAAGUACACCUUCGCCGCCACACUGGAGAGAAGCCAUACAGGUGUGAUGAUUGCAAGAAAACAUUUGUAGAUUCCUCUUCCCUUCAGAAACACAGGCGAUUUCCCUCAGAUUUGUGCAGCUCCCUCUGCAAGCAAAACCCCAAAAAGAACACGUGUGACACAGACAUUUUACUCAACUGUAACUCUGCUUAUACCUCGGAUUUCAGUCGUCCUGCAGGAAAGCCAGUUACUGGUGUGAGCAAUGGAGAGAAAUUGGAUUACACAUUGAUAUCAGAGAGUGGGAGAUAUGUAAAGAACAGUCCUGAUGCACUACUUGAUGAGUAAUUACUUAUUCCUAAAACUGAAGUGGAGAAGAAACAUACACAUUCCAAACAUACAGUAAGCUAUUUGCACUACGUAUAUAGCUCACCUUUUUAAAGUGGAACAUCCCUUAAGACUCUGCAGUCAGAUACAAGAAAAUGUAACAGCAAUGAACAUUGUUCUUCAUCCACAAACAAGUGACCUUACAUCUGCACUUCCCGACAAGUGGACUGACUCCACCUGCAAAAAUCCUCCCACGAAUAAGGGACUUGAUUGUGAAAUAAUAUCCUUCGAUGAUGGGCAUUUAUAUUGUAAACCAGAUCCCCAGUACAACAGAAGCAAAACCAGCAUUGCAAACAUCAUUCCAGAGUUCCUUCACUUCCCCUGACUUUAUAAUGACUGGCAAUAAUUCAGAAGCCAUUGCUUUGAAUGAAGAGAUGCGUUCCAUGUAAAAUUUUAUUUAAAACUUAGUAACAUUGUAAAACAGCUUUUUACUUACUACAGAUAAUAGAUGAAGAUUAACCAAAGAAAGAUGCACACUACUGAAUCACAAUCUAUCACGUGAAAACAGAAGAAAUAUCUUAGUAUGGAAUUUCUUCAGUAACUUUACAGGAAAUGUACUGAGAGUCAAACACCAAGACUGAUUUAAUGGGUGAAAUUUUAAUUCAUUCAAAAUCCAUCCACUUGCACAGAAUUAGAAUCAGGUCCCACAUGGCAAUAGAUAACACAAUGUUUUAGAAAUGACUGUGUCCCAGAUAUGCACUGUCUUAUAUUCACAGAUUUUGCUUUUUUUUAAAAGAAAGGCUGGCUUUCACAAUUCCAGAAUAAAAGAGGAUAUUGAAUGUUCCUUCCUUUUGUUUCAGUUUAGGUAAUACCUUUGCCCGUUCUAAAUGCUGGAAAUAUAAAUGUUGUUUCAAGUCAACAACAGGAUUAGGAUAACUAAAUAAAUCAAAUCAAAGUAGAAAUUAUAAUUCGUAAAAGUAAGCAAUUUAUUAACCAAAGGGCAGUCUGCAAUAGAAUGUUUGAAGCAAUGAGGCAAAUUUUCCUAUUCCUUAAAUUAACAUCCAAACUGGGAGUUACGAUUAGAGAAAUAUUGGUCGAGGAAGACUACACUGUCACAUUCCUUCUCUUUCCCAGAAAUUUUAAAAAGCAGUUUUAAAAAGUGUGCUUUCUGAACAAGGAUAUGCUGUUUGAUUUUUUCGGAUUCCGUAUACCGAAGCAACCCAGCAGCCUCAGAAAUCUGAACCAUUGGUGCUUGAGGCCACCUUUUUCCCGAAUGCUGCCGAAGUGCAGCAAGUCUGUUAGUGUCAGCAGAAAGCUGGGGUGGAAACCUAGACAGGAAUGCAUAUGGGGGAGUGGGAACUUUAAAUGCUGGAACCUCCAAUUAAAAACUGAAAAUAUGGAAGAAUUAACGCGAAAUAUUUAACCUGUGGUUAUCACAGUUGUUGAGGGGCCAGCUAUGUAUUUCCAGCUUUUUAUUUUCACUGUAAAUUUGCGAUAAUUGGUGCCAAUUUUCCCUCCACAUUGUUGCUUAGGCAGCAAUUGAAAAACCUCAAUUUUGUAGCAAAAAUCAGUUGGUUUAGUCACUGGCUGAAAGCAUGACAUUUAGAAUAAGUUGGCUAAAUUCCUGACACAAUAUUCAGCAAUCAUAUGUGGACUUGAAAUGUACCCUGCACAGCUUCCAUGGACUCAAUGAGGAAAAUCUUAUUAUCACUUCCGAUUCAGUGCAAAUAUAAUGCUGCUGCAUUGUGCUUAUAAACAAGAACAAUACGUCCCAAAGGUCAGUCUGUGUUACUACACAGAGAUUCAAUCGCAUUAGUAAAACUGGUACAUUUAGACAAUGGAGGUCAUUUGGCCAAGUUGACAGUUUGGUGUUAAGACCUCCAUUUUAAAGCAUCCUUUAAUUUUUACAUUGAGGCUGAUUGCAGACAGGGUGCAGUGGAGCUUAAAUGUUAAAACACUCGCACCUAGUCAUAUAUCACUGCAUUUACUGGAGUAAUAUUAAUGUUCUAGUUAUUCAAGUCUGGUACACUCCUUUAUAAAGUGUUAUUACUUUUUAAGAUAUGGGAUUCGAUUUGGACACUACUGUUUUCAGGAUAUCCUUAUCAUUUGUUAAUCGUUAACCCUCCGAGGCUGCUGUAUUUCUUAACUGUAAUAUGGAUAGCAAAUUGGAGCUCGCUGUUAAGGUAGCAUGCUUGUGAUUUGGUUUCUGAUUUAUUGCAUUAGUUAUUGGGUUUCAUAUUACGCUAAUCCGCAAUAUCUAAAAUACAUUCUAAUUUCUGCACGACUUGUACACUGCAAACAACUUGACUAAGAUUCACAAUGAAUAUACACUUUACAUAAUGUGACACCGAUAAGUGAUGGUGCACUGAUUUUCCAUCACUGAGUGGGCUCUCGUACUUAGCAUUUUGUUCACAAUGCGAUUUCCCGCUGGAUCUUCAAAAGAUUUUCCACGCUGUUUUUCAGUUUUGUUUCUUCUUUCUCCUUGAGCCGUUGUCUCAAGAUUCCACAUACUCCCGUUAUUCCCAAGACACAGGGGAGACUGAGAAAGACAUCGUUUGUGAUAUUGUGCUCAUCCUGGUGUAGUAGAACAAAUGUUACAGCUGUUACUGUUCAGGUAUCGAUUUUUAUUUUUUUAUACACACACUAAAUGUUUCAUUUUAUUUGAUGUUAGAACUGAUUCAAAUGAUU